AUGUCCGAGCUCGUCCAUGAAGGUAAUAUUUUUAUUUUGUAUAUCCCGAUUGGGUUUACAGUGUCAAAAGUUGCUGAAAUAAAUAGUCUUCUUGAUAUUGUGGAGAGUCAUGAAGGGCCUACUGCAUUGAUUAUUACCUCAAAGAACCACAAAAUUUUUUCCGCUGGGAUGGACCUUAAAGAAAUAUUAAAAGAAGGUGGAACAGCAGAGGCAGCAGCAAGAGUGUUUAUCGCACUUAUGAAAUUAUAUGGUAGACUUUUAGCUUUUAAAGUGCCUACAAUUGGUGCACUUAAUGGGCAUACCAUUGCUGGAGGAUUGAUGUUUGCCCUUUCUCUAGAUUAUCGUAUUAUGGCUAGAGGAAAAUCUACACUGAAAAUGACAGAAUUGCCUUUAGGAAUGGUCCUUCCAAGAGGUGGAGAUAUUGUCCUAACUACUAAGUUACCGCCUACUGUUCAUCGAGAUCUUGUUCUUAAAGGAAAAUCUUUUUCCUGUGAAGAAGGCUUAAGUAGUAGCAUUAUUGACGAGCUUGUAGAGCCUCAAGAUUUAAUGAGAAGAGCAAGAGAAUUAGCAAAUGAAUUGUCAGCCUUGGGAGACAAAAAGGAUGUUUAUAUGUGCGUUAAAAAAAGCAUGUAUUAUGAUAGUAUUGAAACGAGCUUAGAGGCUAAAUAUUCAAGAGCUGAGUGGAAAGCUAUGGGUGAAGAAGAGCCUAAACUAUAA